UAAGGUUUCACGCACACGUCAUCGAUAAGGUUUCGCGCAAACCAAGGCAUCGUCGCGCACACUGGAUCACAUCCCUUUAACCCUCACGCUAACCCAACAGCCAAACCGAAACAAACCCAGCUCAGUUCCCCCCAAAUCGGAAGAGAACAAAAUGGACCGGUCUGCAUCGGAAAAACUGAUCCUUGUGAACCGGGAGCCGGGAGGGAUCGCGUUCGUAACCAUCAACCGGCCGAAGUCGCUGAACUCGUUGACCAAGUCUAUGAUGACGGACCUGGCCCAGGCCUUCAAGGCCCUGGACCGGGACGAGUCGGUCCGGGUGAUAGUCCUGUCCGGGUCCGGUCGGGCUUUCUGCUCGGGUGUGGACCUGACCGCGGCGGAGGACGUGUUCAAGGGCGACGUGAAGGACUUGGAAUCCGACACGGUGGCUCAGAUGGAGCGUUGCCGGAAGCCCAUAAUCGGAGCCAUCGGAGGGUUCGCGGUCACCGCCGGGUUCGAGAUCGCGCUCGCUUGUGAUAUUCUGGUCGCUGCUAAGGGAGCCAAGUUUAUGGACACGCACGCUAGGUUUGGAAUAUUUCCUUCUUGGGGUCUCUCUCAGAAGCUUUCACGCAUAAUUGGUCCCAACAAAGCGCGUGAAGUUUCUUUAGCAGCCAUGCCACUAACUGCCGAAAUAGCUGAGAGGUUGGGCUUCGUUAACUAUGUUGUUGAAGAAGGUGAAUUGUUGAAAAAAGCCAGAGAAAUUGCUGGAGCCAUUGUGAAAAAUAAUCAGGACUUGGUGUUGAGGUAUAAGUCAGUCAUAAAUGAUGGCCUCAAGCUGGACUUGGGUCACGCCCUUGCACUGGAAAAGGAGAGGGCUCAUGAGUAUUACGAUGGAAUGACCAAAGAACAGUUCAAGAAGAUGCAGAAAUUCAUAGCAGGCCGGAGUUCAAAGAAACCUUCUUCAAAGAUGUAGAAUUUACCUAUGUACCCGAUCUCUGUCGCAAAAAUAACACCCACUGCCUCUCUUUUAGGCAGAAAUUCUGCAUAUCAGCUGUAGAAUGCUAUCAGGGUAAUAAUGGUGAAGUCCAGCUCUAAUGGCUAAUGGCAAUUUUUCCUCCCCCCUUCCACCAAAUUCUAAACAACAUGAACAUGUGUUUUUAUAUCAAUAAAUGUUGGGUCCAAUUGUAUGCUUCAAUUUGUGACGAAUUUGGUUGUGACAUUGUAAUUAUAGAGGAAGCAGCAAAACAAAGUAUUAAAACACUUUUGCUGUAGUUUUGCAGAGCUUU